GCAGCAAUCACUAGCAGAGUGUGUUGUGUUGUGUUGUGCAGUGUAGUUAGUGUUUAUUCUGAUGCGCCACCGCAGUCGGAGCUCUCCUCCACCAUUCGCCACCGCCGUCGCGUCUCUCUCCUUCACUGUUGAAUCAUAUAACCAUGUCGAGCCAAGAUUCCCGGUCAUUGAACUGGCACUACACAGAACUCGAUGACAGAGACCUCGAGAUUCGAGGGAGGACCCUGUUCUUCAUCGUCGUGCUCUUCUCCGUUAUCCUUCUCAUCACCGUUCUCUUCCUCUACACUCGCUGGGUCUGCCGCUACCACGGCCACCUACCCUCCACCGCGUUAUCUCCCCACGCGCCGCCGCCUCCGCCGCCGCAGGGGCUUGACCCCGCCUCGAUAAAGAAGCUGCCCAUUAUCUUGCACCAGGAGCUGUCGGACCCCAACGGCGGCGCGUUGGACGAGACGGAGUGCUGUAUCUGCCUUGGCGAGUUCAGAGACGGCGAGAAAGUGAAGGUUUUGCCGGCGUGUAACCACUGUUUCCAUUGCGAGUGUGUUGAUAAGUGGCUCACUCAUCACUCUAGUUGCCCACUUUGCAGAGCUUCUUUAAAGGUUGAAUCUUCCUUCCCAAACAUUUUGAUUCAGGAACCACCCAUUAGAAUUAACAUCCAGUUUUAGCUUUUGGGUCUUAAUCUUAUUUCACAUUAUUAAUAAAAAUCAUAACUUUCCUAAUUUUUAUGUGCCCUUUUUGUAAAUCGUUGUAAAAAAAAAAUAGUGUUAAGAUAUACCUGCUAAAUGAUAAUCAUAUAUUAGUAUACAAUUUUCUUACCACAUUUAUUAAUUUUACUAGUUUGACAUGUUUUUAAAAAAAUUGUUUCUGCAAACUUUAGACAAUUGCACAUGAUCUAGGUGGAAGAAAUUAGAAAGUGGAUUUGUCUUUUGAUAUUAUUUAAUGGAGUUUGUGUUCCCACGUUGGAUGGCUUCAAAAAUGGUCUUGGAAUUUCACCCAACGUCUCAUGUUUGAUAAAAGUCCUGAAAGAUGUUGCUCUUCUGAGUCAGCUGUGGCUGGGUCUAGUACUAGGAUAUGUGGUCCUGCUUCUUAUGUAAGUGGAUAUUUUAAUUGAGAUUGGGUCCUCAAAAAAAGAUGAAUCUAGAUGCUGCUCUUAAGGAGCUUCUUCCUAUCCAA